AUGACGUCACAUCCGUUGGUUAUAGCUGGACUGCUGCUCAUCAUCGCAACUGUAGUUGAAUGCCAAUGUAACAGAAGAAGUGGACCUGUCUGUGCCGUUAGAAAAAGAACAUUUAGGAAUGAAUGCAAAGUUAGAAAGAACUUCAACAUCAUCACUUCCGGUAAAUGUGGAGGUGAUUGUGUUUGUCAUCAGGAUUAUACUCCAGUAUGUGGAGUGGAUGGUGAAACGUACUCCAAUAAAUGCUUCGCCGGCUGCAAGGGCGUCAAGGUUGCCUGCAUAGGGAAAUGUCCAUGUGACUGUAGCUGUACUCGUAAGUAUGACCCUGUUUGUGGCGUGGAUGGAAAGACAUACGGGAACGCUUGUGUAGCAGGAUGCCAGGGUGUUGGCAUUAAAUGUCAUCAGAAGUGUCCUUGUCCAUGUAUUUGCACUCUGGAUUAUACACCAGUAUGUGGAGUUGACAAUAAAACCUACAGCAACGCGUGUGCCGCCGAUUGUGCUGGUGUGGCUGCAAACUGUGCUGGUGAGUGCCCAUGUGAGUGUGUAUGUACCUUGAAAUACGAUCCAGUUUGUGGUACCGACGGCAAAACUUAUGGUAACGACUGCUUCGCUGGUUGCCAUGGUGUAGGGAUUGCCUGCAAACAGCAGUGUCCAUGUCUAUGCAUUUGUCCUGCAAUAUAUAGCCCAGUGUGUGGGGCGGACGGUAAAACCUACAGUAACGAUUGUGCUGCCAGCUGCGCAAAUGUAAAAGUGGCAUGUGUUGGUAAAUGCCCAUGUGAUUGUGGCUGCACUGAAGAUUACAACCCUGUUUGUGGGCAUGAUGGCCGAACAUAUGGAAACCAAUGUGUGGCAAAAUGUCAAGGUGUGGCAGUACGAUGUAACCAACAAUGUCCCUGCCCAUGUAUAUGUACAAAGGAGUUCCGGCCGGUGUGCGGUGUUGACGGAAAAACAUACUCAAACAAAUGUUUUGCUGCAUGCAACGAGACCGAUGUUGAAUGCCCCGGCGAAUGCCCUUGCGAAGAAUGUAUUUGUACAAAAGAGUAUGUCCCUGUGUGUGGAGUAGAUGGGCAGACAUAUGGAAACAAAUGUGAAGCAAAAUGUCAAAAUGUUAACAUAAAAUGUAAAGGAAAGUGCCCGUGUCCGUGUCCUUGUCCAAAAAUACUGGCCCCAGUGUGUGGUUCUGAUGGGGAAACCUACGACAAUAAGUGUCUUGCCGAUUGCGCGUAA